CGCUCUCGCCGCCCCGGGGUGUGGUUCCCGCGGCCGGGUUUAAAACGCUGGCCCGCGGGGUCCGGCUCACUCGCGCUCCCGCCGCCGCCACCGCGCCCCGCCAUGGAGCGGCCGCCGCUGCCCGCCCUGCUCCUCGGCGCCGCCGGGCUGCUGCUCCUGCUCCUGCCCCUCUCCUCUUCCUCCUCUUCGGACGCCUGCGGCCCCUGCGAGCCGGCCGCCUGCCCGCCCCUGCCCCCGCGGGGCUGCCAGCUGGGCGAGACCCGUGACGCGUGCGGCUGCUGCCCCGUGUGCGCCCGCGGCGAGGGCGAGCCGUGCGGGGGCGGCGGCGCCGGCAGGGGGCACUGCGCGCCGGGCAUGGAGUGCGUGAAGAGCCGCAAGAGGCGGAAGGGUAAAGCCGGGGCAGCAGCAGGCGGCCCGGUUGUGAGCGGCGUGUGUGUGUGCAAGAGCCGCUACCCCGUGUGCGGCAGCGACGGUGUCACCUACUCCAGCGGCUGCCAGCUGCGCGCCGCCAGCCUCAGGGCCGAGAGCCGCGGGGAGAAGGCCAUCACCCAGGUCAGCAAGGGCACCUGCGAGCAAGGUCCUUCCAUCGUGACGCCCCCCAAGGACAUCUGGAAUGUCACUGGUGCCCAGGUGUAUUUGAGCUGCGAGGUCAUCGGAAUCCCCACCCCUGUCCUCAUCUGGAACAAGGUAAAAAGGGGUCACUAUGGAGUUCAAAGAACAGAACUCUUGCCUGGUGACCGAGACAACCUGGCCAUUCAGACCCGGGGUGGUCCAGAAAAGCAUGAAGUUACUGGCUGGGUGCUGGUAUCUCCUCUUAGUAAGGAAGAUGCUGGAGAAUAUGAGUGCCAUGCAUCCAAUUCCCAAGGACAGGCUUCAGCAUCAGCAAAAAUUACAGUGGUUGAUGCCUUACAUGAAAUACCAGUGAAAAAAGGUGAAGGUGCUGAGCUGUAAACCUGCAGAAUAUAUUAGUCUGCAUAGCUAAAAGUAGUCAUGGGUAACUACAGCCUCCUGUUCUUGCCUAGUAACCAGUUUCUUUUCAUCCAGUCCACUAACACUUUAGCUAUAUUCACUGAUUUUACACAGUGAAAUACGAAAUUAAGAUAACACACCAAGACUAUCUACAAAAAUUUAUUGUCUAUUUACAGAAGAAAAGCAUGCAUAUCAUUAAACAAAACAAAUAAAAUGUGUUUUCUCACAGCGCA